AGUAAAGAAAACAAGGCUUAAGGGUUUGAUUCCCCUACAGAUCUUUACGUCUUCUUUCUCAUCAGUAUUGCACCACGAUCGUAACUCUCUCAGAGCUGCCUGGUGUAGUGUAAAAAGGCCGCGAAAAAUUUCAUCGGACCUCUUUACAUCUUUGCUAAGUUAACGAAAGAGCAAUGUCAGAUCCGUGUAAAGCUGAGGCUUGUCAAAUCCAAGCAUGUCUGAAAAGGUUCAAUUAUGAUGAGUCCAAAUGUACCAAAGUUAUAGAUCAACUGUACGCAUGUUGCACACAAUUUUAUACUAAUCAAGGUGAGGAUGCCCGUUCACCAUGUUGUCCUAUUCCUUCUUUACUCGAAUUGAAGAUUAAACAACGUGAACAGGAGAAAGUGGAUGCAAAGCUUCUUCAACAAAAGAGAUGACCCAUCUACCAGUUGAGUUUACAAAUUCUU